AUGGCUUUCCUCGCAGUAGCUCUUCUAUCUGUCAUAGCUCACCUGGCUUUGGGUCAAGGUUUUGGACAGAGCAAUACAGGUGUUGGUCAAGCUAAUGCAGGAUUUGGUUUGGGUCAGGCAGGAGGGUCUUGGGGUCAAGCUGGAUUUGGAGUUGGUGGAAUUGGCGCUGGUGGAUUUGGUAACCAUGGACGCGGGAUUGGUGGAGCAGGAUGGGGUCAAGUAGGAGCAGGAUUUGGCCAGAACAUUGUCAACCCUUUCCUGAAUACAACCAUCACAUGCACUGGAACAGCAACAGGGUUUGCCUUCUCUGCGACCCUAAGGAGGAUGCAGCCAUCUUGGGGAGGAUGGGGUCUUGGUCGAUCUCGCAGUGGUUUGUCUGGAUCUGCCGUUCUGAGGACUACAACCGCAUCAGGAACCUACAACCUCGUCAUCACUGAGAGGUCUCGUGUGGAGGCUGGAUGUACCGCUGAUGGACUUGGACCUGUCAUUGGAAGCAACGUUUGGGGCCAACGUCAAGGUCUUGGUCAAGGCUGGGGUCAUGGUCUUGGUCAACAGUGGGGUCAAGGUCUUGGUCAGCAGUGGGGUCAAGGUCUUGGUCAACAGUGGGGUCAAGGUCUUGGUCAACAGUGGGGUCAGCCAUGGGGACAGCAGUGGGGACAAGGUUCAUGGGGCACCGGAACGACCACCACCCCCGGAGUUGUCAGCUCUGUCACCCUCACUACCAACCAGGAGACCAUCGUUGACUUGGGUACUGCCAACCUACCAUUCAGAGAGCUGGAGAGAUAUGGAGGACGUGGGCUGGCUCUGUGCACAUCCUUGACCACUGGCACUGAUGGACGUCAAGUGUGUAUGGAGCCUAUCCUGGCCUGCUGCAAGUUGGGAUUCGACAACAUGGACGCUGUCACACCAACACCUCCAUAA